CUGCCUUGCGCGCAGCCGUCUCCUUGAGCCUCGGGGCGCUGGGACCGCGGUCACUGAGCUCCCUGCCAGGUGGGCGGCUGGAGCCCCUUUUGCCUGAGCGUCCAGGGCCGGAUGCUUGAAGCACGUGCUGGACCCACACUUGCCAGGAUUAGAAUCACCUGGCGCUUGCGGAAGGGAGGGCUUCCCAGGUCUUUUUCUCGAGGUCUCACUCUUUGAUAGAUCUGGGGUGAAACUUCGGCUUCGUCUGCUUGGAGGCUGGGGGUGAUCCUUUGUGGCAAACUCAGAGAUCCGCACUCUCACUGACUUGCCUGGGGGCACCCGGGUCUUCGGAAAGGUGUAGUUUGUGUCCACAUCAAGUUCACUCCAUCUCAGGAUGUUCCCAGGGUUUGAGGCGUGAGGUUUCUCGGGCGAGUUUGCUGUUUGAAGCCCCCGCCCCCACUGUAAAAGCUCAAAAGCCAAAGAGCUCUUCCCUGGGAGUCGGGAAGGUUUGCUGAGUUCUGGGACCCGGAAUCGGAGUACCUCUAAGCGGGGUUUGCCCAAUGCUAUCCGUGCUUGAGGCGGGUCAGGCUUUCACCCAGAAGGCCAGAAAGCUGUAGGAGAUGGGUAGGGAGAAUGGAAAAUGAGGACUUCGCUGCUUAUUUGCUGGGUGAACGGUGUUGGUCUUCACAAAAGAGAAAGGUAUAGUCUGACUUCUGCAACUGGGACCAAGGACGUUGUUUUCCAGUUCAAAUCUUCUGUGCCUCUUGGUGACAUUUAUUUAUUUGGCCUGAGAAGUCUCUGCCUUCAUCAUGUCUCAAGGAAUAACAGUGCUGCUUUGCAAGGUAACUCCCUGUCCCUGUUAUUUUCUUGAUCAAGUAUCCGGCGACUCACCCAGUAGAUCCUGGGAAGGACAAAGUUAUUUUUUGCCCAGUCUUCCACACCCCAAAGGAAGGGUGGGAAAUCAGUGAGAGAGGGGUGGGGCCCCAAAAGGAAAUGAUACUACACACUAAAGCCAAGAAAUGGGCCUCUAGUUCUGUGUCCAAGUUCACUUUUUUACCUCUUGAUGGAAAAAUUUCUGAGACUCGAGCAGAAUUUCAAAAUGCAGAGACUGAAGAAUAAGCAAUCUGCAUUUGGUGAAUAUUCUGUCAUUCGGUGAUCUUCCACAAGGUAAUGAAGAAACCUCUUUUAGGGUCUUGCUCAUUCUGUCUCUUGUGGACACUGAAUACAGUCUCCUCCAUAACAUGGGGCAGACUUUGGGAAUCUCUCCAAAUUCACAGGAGGGGUUUCUGACUCCAAAGACAGGUCACAGAAUUACCUAACCCACAAGGUUUAUUUAAACAAAUGGUGAGCAGAAGUUUGUCUCAUGAGCCGUAGGGCUAAUGAAUCCAAAGAACACUUCCAUAUACCUUAGAAAAUUGUUUCAGUAAAAUGUUAAUUUAUUACUUAAAAAGGUCUCUGGACCUAGAGACAGAAAGUAGAUUAGGGGUUGCCAGGGCCUGGGGAGGAGGAUAGAAUGGGGAGUGGCUGCCUAAUGGAUUUCCUUUUGGGGUUAUGAAAAUGUUCUGGAACUAGAGAGGUGGUGAUGUUUGUACAACAUUGUGAAUGUACUAAAUGCCACUGAACUGUACACUUUAAAAUGGUUAAAAUGAUGAAUUUUAUGUAUAUUUUACCAUAAUGAAAAAAGUCCACAGACCAUUUAAGAAUUAUUACCAGCCAUUAAUUGAAUAUUUUUGAUGCUUUAAGUGCUUUCUGUGGAGAGUCUUGGUUAAUCCUUAGUUUUGAGAUAAACACUGUUCUCUUAUCCCCAUGAUAAAGACAAUGAGGUAGAGAAAUUGACAGCUUCAAGUGGUAGGGCUGGUGUUUGAAUUCCCACAGCCUGAAUGCCAAACUCUUACUUCCUUUCUUAUGUUGCUAUCUUGUGUCUUACCUACUAAGUAUUUCAAACUGUGAGUUGUGACCUAACCAUUGGGUUACCAGCAUAAAAAAAGGUGAAGUAGGGGCGCAUGGGUGGCUCAGUUGGCUAAGCACCCAACUCUUGAUUUCAGCUCAGGUCAUGAUCUCACAGUUCACGAGUUCAAACCUUGUAUCCAGUUCUGCACUGAUAGCUCAGAGCUUGCUUGGGAUUCUGUCUCCCUCUCUCUCUAUGCCCCUCUCCUACUUGCUCUCUCUCUCAAAAUAAAUUUUAAAAAACUUAAAAAAAUAGGUGGAGGGGCGCCUGGGUGACUCAGUCAGUUGAGCAUCUGACUUCGGCUCAGGUCACGAUCGAUCUCAUGGUUUGUGAAUUCGAGUCCCACGUCGGGCUGGAUGCUGUCAGUGUGGAGCCCGCUUCGGAAUCUCUGUCCACCCCCCUCCCCCAGUCCCUCUCCUUCUCUGCCCCUCUCCCUACUUGCGGUCUCUCUCUCAGUAAUAAUAAACAUUUUUAAAAAAUGAAGUAGGUGGAGUAGAAUGGGAAAGAUGCGUUUAUAACAUGAAGUAAGGAUACAAGUUGUGAGGAGCUUCUGAGUCCACUUUAGAGGUAUAUUUUUUUUGGUGCGUACUGGCUCCAAAUGUUAAUAUAUUUCUGAACUUUGGGUUGUGGUCAAAAGUUUGAAAGCCUCUAAGGGAUCACACUUAAGGAAUUAACAUCUAUUUCUUAGAGGUACAGAAGACGGAGAGGAGAGGACAACGAGGAUGAUGCUGAACUUAAAGGAAUAAACUUCAAAUGGCAGUGGUCCAGAUAGUGGGCCAGCCUAGGUGGGAGAGAGAAGGAAGGAGAUUUUUAAGUCUGUAGCAAAUAUGGCAGAGACUAAUAAAACAAUUCUGCACAAUCUCUAAUUUUUAUUUCUUUAGAGAGCAUAAGUCAGUGACUACAUAAAUUGUUUUGGAUAGAAACAAACUUCUUUCAAACUCUCACUUUUAUAUGCUUGUAAACAAGAUACUCUGUAUUUUUAUAUCUGUCUAUAUUAAUUCCUGGUUAAUGGUAUUGACUUCAGUGUUGUAAAAUAGAAAAUUCCCCAAAGUAUUCUCCGAAUUAUUUUUUGUUUCUCCUGAGUGGACUGAUGCUAAAUUCUGGUGUUCUGGGGAAUUUGUCAUUUCUCCCUGCACUGCCCCUUCUCUCCAUGACCUCUCCUCUACAUUCCAGUGUGUACCUUACCAUGGGUACAUCUUUGACCAGCGGGGAUGGGGCUAUGUGAGGGUUGUGCAAGCCUCCUGGUUAUUGUUCACCACUGGGCUUUAACUUGUAGCCUGGGAGGGAGUUCUGAAAGAGAUACUGUCACCUCUCCCAGAAACUGGCUCUCUUUUGAAUCUGGCAUCACAUGGUGAUUCUUGGACCAGCUCAUCUUUAUCUGUUGCUGUCCCAUUUCCAUUUAACCACAUCCUAGUUUUUGUAUGUAUUCAGAGUUUACCUUGAUGAUGUCUCCUUUCUCAAUAAGGGAUCUUUCCUAUAUUUCCUAUAUUUUACUCAGAACCUUAAUUACAUUGGAGGGUCUACUAUUCUCUGGGGUUCUUGGUCGCCUUGUCCCUGUCUGUGUCUGACCCUUUCUAUUCCCUGUGCCCUCCUGGGUGUAAAUGGCAAUAAUUCUUAAAUAACAUUAUCUACUAAAGGUUAAGUGCAUGUAACUUGUCUCAUCAAUUGUCCUCUUUAUGAGUUUAUGGGAACACUCAAGAGUCUUGACUCUUCUGUCACAUUUUUAGUUAAAGUAGGUUUUAGCUUGUCUUAUCCAGGAUGCCAAAGCAGUUUUCAUAAAUCAAGUUGACAGUGUCCCAAAUUUUGAGCAUGUGUAUAAUGUAGCAUGAGGAGAUGGUACCACAGGUGAUGAACUUCUUAACCCACCAGGGUUGAGGAGUCUUGUCCCUGCCUCAAUCAUUUUCACUGCAAGAUUAUAUCUAUUCCUUAAAGAUAACACAAGGCAAUUAGAUACUUUGUUUAUACAAAAAUGAGUCUUAGCCACUUCGUGCUGAAUGUGCUUAGCACUUACAAAGGUUUUUGUUUUUUUCUUUUUGAAUCACAGAUUUUUGUGAUUUAACAAAUCAGACUGACGAAGAACUAAAAAUUGUAACAAUUUAUAAGGGUGGUAAUACCUGCUUUGCCUGGGCUCUUCUAAGAAUUAAGAAGGAUCAAGUGAGUUUCCUCUUGAUGUGUAUCAAGGCAUCAACAUGCUGGAUGCUGGAUGUUGCUGAGUGAAACCCUUAGGUGUCAGAGAAAAGCAUGAACCCAAAACUCUGGGAAAGUGGGCCAGGUGGUAUACGUGUGAUCUCACAUGAUAUGCCUGUCAACUUGAAGGUUAGACCCAUUCUAAAGAAGUGGAAACUGAGGAGGCUCAUGCUGUCACUUGCCAGAGGUCACGGAGCAGAACCGAGUUUUAUUGAGAAAAAAGUUGGCAUGCAACAUUGUGUAAAUUCAAGGUGUACAACGUGUUGGUUUAAUACAGGUGUAUAUUGGAAUGUGAUUACCACCAUAGAUGUCCUAAAUGAUGCUAUAUUUGAUGAAGAUCAUGAUGAGAUGGUGAUUGUGAAGGACAUAGAUAUGUUUUCCAUGUGUGAACAUCAUCUGGUUCCAUUUGUUGGAAAGGUCCAUAUUGGCUAUCUUCCUAACAAGCAAGUCCUUGGCCUUAGCAAACUUGCGAGGUACCCACUGGUCAACCAAGGUCUGGAAGCAGAAUGUCAGAAGGUCACUAGUAGCCUAACACUACGUCACAACACCUGCAUCAUUCACCUUAUUUCAUCUCUUCAUGGAAGCAUUUUAUCAUCUCAUGUCAUCACAAGAGGAGGAAGAAGGAACACAGCCACAUCACUCAUCAACAGCGCUGGCCUUUUGAGAAGUCUUUGUGUGUUGCGUCUACACAUCAUUUCUGAGGACAUGGUGCUAAAAUGAGGGGCAGGAAUGCUCCCUCCCCCAAUGGACUUCUGCUCUUCUAUAUUUUCUCCUCCUUCCAGGAAAUUAUGGGAGUAUCUUUUUUCUCCUCUCGGCCACCUGAAGGCUUUGCAUGAGAGAAGAGGUAAGAGAGCACAUUCCACUCAUGUUGGCACCGAGGGGAAGGAGGACAUAACUGAGUAUCGACUCGGGAGUCAUGAAUCUGGGAUUCUUCCCCUGGGAAAUGUUACGGUGACAUUUCUGCAAACAAGGACAACUGAAUUUAGAAACCACAAUCAGCAUAUCUGAUCCAAACAUGUAUAACCAGUAGCCUCCACAGGGCAUGUUAAGG